UUGAACGGUGCAGAAAGAAAGUUUUUAGCUGGCUUUAUUUCGCUGUUGCUGUGAGUAUGCGUGGACAGUUUCGGGUUUAUUUGAUCAGGGAGCUUCGUGAGUUAAGCGGGCAUUGUUUUGUGAGGUACGAUUUGGUCCAUGCAAAGAUUUGGAGUUGCAGUUGUUGAGUUUUCCAGUUGAAAACAGUCUGCUUUUGGCCUAGUUGGAUUUGCCGUGUGAAGUGCAGACGACACAUCUUACAAGCUUGACCAUCGACCUAAUUUCAGUUCUCAGCCUCCAAAAAGCAGGUUCAAAAGUCCACCUUCGCCAUGUACGAGCACUAGUUGACCAGCAGGUGACUAACAAGCUUUGGCUAUGAGAUGAGGUGUACCUGGCCAGGUGUGCUACAGACUGAUUACAGGUGUUGACAGGUCCCUUCAUCCCCUCCCUCACCUGCCUUCCCCUUCAGCCAGUCAUGUGGAUUAAACUGGUUGUCGUCCUUCUCGGCGUCAUGUUAGGAUGGUACCUUCUGGACGAUUUCAAUGCAGAGUCGCUACAAGGGAAGCGUGUGAUUGUAACUGGAGCAUCUACUGGGAUAGGAGAGCAGAUGGCCUACCAUUUCUGUCGUCUGGGAGCCCAAGUGCUGGUUACUUCACGGAGAGAGGCUGCACUGAAGAAGGUGGUAGACAAUUGUAGGGAAGUUGGAGACCCUGAUGGGAAGUAUUAUUACUACGCGGCGGACAUGAGUGAUCUGACGUCUACAGAGAAAGUGAUACAGGAAGCGGUUGACAGGAUGGGAGGACUGGACUACCUGGUGCUGAACCACAUCUUGGUUCACAACCUCGGUGGUUGGGAGGGGUCCCCAGAAAACCUCACCAGGCUGAACACCAUCAUGGAUGUGAACUUCAAGGCUUAUGUUCACCUGGCAACCCAUGCCAUGCCUCACCUGGACAAGACUGAGGGUCGUGUCAUCGUCGUGUCGUCAGUGGCAGGUAAGCUGGGUCAACCCUUUGUGGCAGCUUACUCAGCGUCCAAGUUUGCUCUGGAUGGCUUCUUCAGCAGCCUGAGACAGGAGCUUAUUCUUAAGGGCAGUAAAGUGUCUGUUACCCUGGGCGUCAUCGGACUCAUUGGAACAGAAAAUGCUGUUAACAAGUUACUGUUGUUUGGAAAGAAGUUCUUACUGGAAACUCUAAAGCCAGCAUUGCCAGCUGACGCAGCGCUGGCUAUUAUAAAGGGAGGAGCCAAUAGACAGUGGGAGAUGUAUUUCCCUUAUUUGGAGACGCGCCUAAUCACAUUGAUCCGUGACUGGAUGCCCAAACCACUGGCCGCCAUCAACCGUUACCUCUACUCCUAACAAGUCCCUCUGCUCAAUUUUAUAUAAAUGUUUUAUCCCCGUUUUAAGUUCACGUUUUGGGUACACCCUUUUUUGUUCUGCACCUCAGGUUUGUCUAACUGUCAGGGAGAAGUCAUUAAUUACACUUGACUAACUAUUAUUUUUCAAGGAAUGUUAUAUAUAUAUAUAGGUAUAUAUAUGUAUUUUGUUUUUUGGGGUUUCUUGUAAAGUCCUAGUGAUAGAAACUGAUUGAUAUCUGUAUACAUGUACAGAAUUCUUAAGCUGCGUGUAGUAUUUAAAUUUAGUGCUGAAAUCUUGAGCUAGCAGCAUUGUCUUCUUGUAGAAAUGGCUUUUCCACAACAUCUUGCUAAUUUCAUUUCUUCAAUUUGCUGAAUUUUUUUUUAUUGUUGCAAAGGAAUUGUGUUCAGCAAUAGCUGUUUAGAUGCAUAGAAUGAAGAACUUCUGAUGUCUCCAAUUAUGUUGAGAGGCAUGUGUAUUGAUGUAUCAUUUACAUAUAUUCAUGAUUUCAGAGGAUUAUGGUAAAGACUGAAAUUUGCCUGUCCAAUAAGCAUUACUUUCUCUCAGAUUAUUGAGUUUUGGACGGGUGACAAUUAUCAUUAUUUACCCUAGCAUCCUUAUCCAUACCAAAUAUAGGAAAUAUAGGAUUUUGGUUUGAUAACUAUGCUGAAAAUUGGAAGACAGUGACAGUGGAAGACAUUGAUGGUGCCCUCUCCCUCCACUUCGCUCUCUGUCAUCACCUGUCAGGAGUAAUUACAUUCAGUCCUCCUUUUCUUGUAGGUGUUCUUCACCUGCCAGGAGUAAUUGCAUUCAGUCCUCCUUUGCUUGCAGGUGUUCAUCACCUGUCAGGAGUAAUUACAUUCAGUCCUCCUUUGCUUGCAGGUGUUCAUCGCCUGUCAGGAGUAAUUGCAUUCAGUCCUCCUUUGCUUGCAGGUGUUCAUCGCCUGUCAGGAGUAAUUACAUUCAGUCCUCCUUUGCUUGCAGGUGUUCAUCACCUGCCAGGAGUAAUUGCAUUCAGUCCUCCUUUGCUUGCAGGUGUUCAUCACCUGUCAGGAGUAAUUACAUUCAGUCCUCCUUUGCUUGCAGGUGUUCAUCACCUGCCAGGAGUAAUUACAUUCAGUCCUCCUUUGCUUGCAGGUGUUCUUCACCUGUCAGGAGUAAUUACAUGCAGUCCUCCUUUGCUUGCCACAAUAUGGCUGAAAUAUUGCCGAUGUGGCGUUAAACCAUAAUCAUUCAUUCAUUCCUUUGCUUGCAGGAGGUCAUGAUGUUACCACCGGCCAUUCAGCGAUUCUUUAAGGGCUAAUCAUUUGUUGCCUUUUUCGCUACAAAUUUUUUGAAACAUUUACAUAUAUUUCUUGAGUGAUUAUAAAUGCAGCUGCUGCAGCAAUCUGGUGUACGACUCCAGGUGUGCUAUCUCUUGUUGUUGAGCAUAUUGAUGAGAGCCUCUGGUACUUGUGGUCCUAUUUUGGUACAAGUGGUUAAGAACCUCUGACAUUGUUGCAGCAAUUUUGUACAUAGAGUUUGGAAAGCUACUUGUGGGACAACCUGUUGGGUGCGUGGAAAAAGAGCUCUGAUAUUUGUUGUCUUGAUUAUGUACAAAGAGUUCUUGAAACUAGCACACCCCAUUGGCCAUGUAGGCGAGAAGAUCUGAUAUUUGUUGUCUUUAUUUGGUGCAAAGAGCUCUUAUUGAAAAUGCUCAAUAUUUGCAAUGAAUACCCCUGAUAUUUGUUUGUGACAGUUUGGUAUAAAGAGUUCUGGGUACUAGUACUGACCAAUGGCGAUAUGGAAGAUAACCUUUUAUAUUUGUUGUCUUCAUUUGUUGCAAAGAGCUCUGGUUUGAGAUGUUCUAAUAUCUGUUGUCUUAAUGUGGUACAAAGUGUUGUUGGUGCUAGCACUCACCAAUGGGCAAAUGGAAGCUGACCAUUAAUAUUUGUUGUCUUCAUUUUGUCGCAAAGAGUUCUGGUUUGAGAAGUUCUAAUAUCUGUUGUCUUAAUAUGGUACAAAGUGUUGUUGGUGCUAGCACUCGUCAAUGGGCAAAUGGAAGAUGACCUUUAAUAUUUGUUGUCUUCAUUUUGUUGCAAAGAGUUCUGGUUUGAGAAGCUUUGGUAUUUGUGGUCUUAAUAUGGCACAAGGAGUUGUGGGAGCCAUCUCUCCCUAAUGGGCAGGUAAAAGAUAAUCUCUUAUAGUUGUUGUCUUUAUUUGGUGUAAAGAGCUCUGGUUAUCAUAUACCAUAUAUGAAGUGCUGCCUAAGUGGCAUGUUCAAUUUCCAGAGUAGCUAGUCUGGAAGAUGUAUAUGGACUUACCGGGUGCAAUGACUUCGGGCAGAGUCAGUGAUCAAGAAACGUUGAAUGUUUCGCCUGAAUCACACACUUUGGGUCAAGCUCUAUUCUUCAUUGUUCAUUUGUGUUCAUCAAAGAAUCAAGUUGGCCGAUGGACAGGGCUUCGAGUUGUGUAGUACAUUGUCCAGUCUUGUUCUUGAAGAAAUCAAGACUGUGGAUGCACACAGCCGAUGUAUUUGUGGGAUUCUGUGCCAGAAUGAAUGCACAUUGGACAUUCUGCAGUUUUGGGGAUAUAUAAAGAUAUAUUAAGCUCCAAAUUUUACCAAAUUCUUUGAUGGAGAUCCGGGUUUUAGUGUGGCAGCUGCAUUCAUGAAUCACUUGCAGAUGAUAUCUUUAUGCAAGAACCAUGACAGCCAGUCAGUCGUCCGAAGGAUGGACAGUUGACUUGGCAGUAAAGUGGCGAUUCAAGGACCAAAGGGAAGGGGUAGUUUUAAUAGCUUUGUGUUGAACUCUGCUGUUACUCAUAUACAGGUAUGAAUUCACCACAGUCAUUGAAUGUACCUGAGUAAAGAGUUGAGUUAGCUAAUUGUCCAUAUGUAGUUGGCAUCUAGGAUGCGAGUUAUCUUUAGUUGUCCAUAUGUGGUCGACAUCUAGCAUGUGGGUUAGCCAUGUGGCCAUAUGUGGUUGACAUCUAGGAGUUGAGUUAGCCAGUUGUCCAUAUGUGGUUGACAUCAAGGCUGUGAGUUAGCCAGUUGUCCAUGUGUGGUUGACAUCUAGGAUGUGAGGUAUCCAGUUGUCCAUAUGUGGUUGACAUCUAGGAUGUGAGUUAUCCAGUUGUCCAUAUGUGGUUGACAUCUAGGAUGUGAGUUAGCCAAUUGUCCAUAUGUGGUUGACAUCUAGCAUGUGGGUUAGCCAUGUGGCCAUAUGUGGUUGACAUCUAGGAGUUGAGUUAGCCAGAUGUCCAUAUGUGGUUGACAUCAAGGCUGUGAGUUAGCCAGUUGUCCAUAUGUGGUUGACAUCAAGGGUGUGAGUUAGCAGUUGUCCAUAUGUGGUUGACAUCUAGGAUGUGAGUUAGCCAAUUAUCCAUAUGUGGUUGACAUCUAGGAUGUGAGUUAGCCAAUUGUCCAUAUGUGGUUGACAUCAAGGGUGUGAGUUAGCAAAUUGUCCAUAUGUGAUUGACAUCUACGAUGUGAGUUAUCCAGUUGUCCAUAUGUGGUUGACAUCAAGGGUGUGAGUUAUCCAGUUGUCCAUAUGUGGUUGACAUCUAGGAGUUGAGUUAGCCAAUUAUCCAUAUGUGGUUGACAUCUAGGAUGUGAGUUAGCCAAUUGUCCAUAUGUGGUUGACGUCAAGGGUGUGAGUUAUCCAGUUGUCCAUAUGUGGUUGACAUCUAGGAGUUGAGUUAGCCAAUUAUCCAUAUGUGGUUGACAUCUAGGAUGUGAGUUAGCCAAUUAUUCAUAUGUGGUUGACAUCUAGGAUGUGAGUUAGCCAAUUGUCCAUAUGUGGUUGACAUCAAGGGUGUGAGUUAGCCAAUUGUCCAUAUGUGGUUGACAUCUACGAUAUGAGUUAUCCAGUUGUCCAUAUGCGAUUGACAUCUAGGAUGCGAGUUAAUUUUAGUUGCCCAUAUGCGGUUGAUAUCUAGGAUGUGGGUUAUGUAGUUGUCCAUAUGCGGUUGACAUCUAGGAGUUGAGUUAGCCAGUUGUCCAUAUGUGGUUGACAUCAAGGGUGUGAUUUAGCCAGUUGUCCAUAUGUCGUUGACAUCUAGGAUGUGAGUUAGCCAGUUGUCCAUAUGUGGUUGACAUCUAGGAUGUGAGUUAUCCAGUUGUCCAUAUGUGGUUGAUAUCUAGGAUGUGGGUUGUCUAGUUGUCUAUAUGCGAUUGACAUCUAGGAUGCGAGUUAAUUUUAGUUGCCCUUAUCUCAAAACAUUCCAUAUGUAACGUGGAAGGUGUUGCCAGAUGCCUUUUUGUGCAAGAGUGAAGACAGUAAAUCUCGAUUGCUGAUCUUUUAUUUGCACUAGCCACGGUCGUUGGGCAUAAAGUCUUCUUGUGUCUGUUCCAUUUUCACCAGAGUGAUUUUUAGGAAUUACCUUAAAUGAUUAUGAAGUGCUGGUUUUUGGGAUGACAGGGUGUCGUAGCUAUACAUAUUUGUUAAGAAAUCGUAAAGAUUUGAAGAUUUAAGCAACUGCAGUGGUGUGGUUGUAGUCCUGUACUGCUCUCUUGAUUGUUACUCUCCUACCUCUGUGGGAAUCUUUACUGUUUUCGUGGUUUAUCUUUAUGUUGUGUACAUUCCCACUAUGAUAAGGCGCGUUCACACGGGGCAGUUUGUGGCAUCGAUUAGUGAUUCGAAUCUGAUUAAUAGUUGAAUGAAAUUAGGACAACUUCUACAUCACCUGCUGCCUAAGUUUCGAUGAAUGCCGAUUCAUAGUUAAGGCAUUUGGAAAUUGUUUGGUUUAAGCGUGUUAAUUUGUCUUCACAUAUACACAGUAAGCCAAAGGCUUAUAGCGUGUAACAUUCGUAGAAAUUUGUACAUCAUUUUUUCCUUGAGAAACAAAAUAUAUUAUCAUUAUUUUGAAGCUAUUUAGUUAAUGAUUGGUGUUUUACGCCGUACUCGAGAAUAUUUCACUUAUACGACGGCGGCCAUCAUUAUGGUGGGAGGAAACCGGGCAGAGCCCGGGGGAAACUCUGGGGGAAAUUUGUUGGCUCACUCUCCUCUCGCGUGACUUCUAAUAAUAGUGUGAUGUUCCCAAAACCCAUGCGGCUCGGUUUGUGAACCUUUACUUGACUUCUGACUUGCUAGAUGCAGUCGCUGUGUAGAGUUGCCAUUGUGCAUUAUGGGAAAUUUGUGGUAAAAGUGAAGCGACUUUUUGUGGACGGAGUCAAACAAAAGCGUUGUUGGGCUAUGUUGAUUGUAUUAACUUGUGCUCACUUGGUUAUUCAUGAGCAUGAAAUACCCAUUUACUACAACAAGUAAUUUACUAAUAUAUCAACACAUUCAUGCAUAAGGGAGGUCUUGUUUCUUUGUAAUCGAAACUUUAUACUGUGCAGCGAGGAUAUGUAUAUUAGUAGUUAAAUGUGUGUUUUAAGUGGUUAAAUGUCCCUUCUCUUCCCCCACCCUGACCAUCAUGCUGUAUGUAAUAAGAGACUUCCUGUUGUUCAGAUGUUUGACAUAAUAUAUGUUUUCAGAUAGCCCAAGUGUUACACAUGCUGUUUGCAGACGUAUAUAUCGUUAUACCUGGUGGCCUUUAUAAAACAAUAGAUGCACCGAUGGCUAUACGCUCAGACAAACCUCCCAUACCUCUGACCGUGUCAGGUCAACUCUUCCCAGAAUUCCUCAGUAUUACUGCUCUGCUCAACUAUUUACGAUAUGUCAAAGGAAAGUCCUUGUUUGCCAAGCGUGAAGGAGCAAUAGAUAGAUCCCUUUCGGUGUAAACUUAUAGGCCGACGAAGGAUGCCACUCCGGCUAGCAGCUGUUUUGCUUGUGUUACUGUAGUUUGCAACAG